GCUGUGUGUGAGGAGGAAGUGAGAGGAGGAGCCUGUGGCAUCCAAAGUCUGGGCACCAUGGCCCGGGCCCUGGGGGAGGACCUGGUGCAGCCUUCUGAGCUACAGGAUGACUCCAGCUCUUUGGGGUCUGACUCAGAGCUGAGUGGGCCCGGCCCGUAUCGCCAAGCUGACCGCUAUGGCUUCAUUGGGGGCAGCUCAGCAGAGCCAGGGCCAGGCCACCCCCCUGCAGACCUAAUCCGCCAACGGGAGAUGAAGUGGGUAGAGAUGACCUCGCACUGGGAGAAAACCAUGUCCCGGCGGUACAAGAAGGUAAAGAUGCAGUGUCGCAAAGGCAUCCCCUCGGCCCUGCGGGCCCGCUGCUGGCCCCUGCUAUGUGGGGCCCAUGUGUGUCAGAAGAACAGCCCUGGCACCUACCAGAAGCUGGCAGAGGCCCCGGGAGACCCGCAGUGGAUGGAGACCAUCGGCAGGGACCUGCAUCGUCAGUUCCCUCUGCACGAGAUGUUCGUGUCACCCCAGGGCCAUGGGCAGCAGGGGCUCCUGCAGGUACUCAAGGCCUACACCCUGCAUCGACCAGAACAGGGCUACUGCCAGGCCCAGGGGCCUGUGGCUGCUGUGCUGCUCAUGCACCUGCCCCCAGAGGAGGCCUUCUGGUGCCUGGUGCAGAUCUGUGAGGUCUACCUCCCCGGCUACUAUGGGCCCCACAUGGAGGCUGUGCAGCUGGACGCCGAGGUGUUCAUGGCCCUGCUGCGGCGGCUGCUCCCGCGUGUGCACAAGCACCUGCAGCAGGUGGGCGUCGGACCCCUGCUCUACCUGCCCGAGUGGUUCCUGUGCCUCUUCGCCCGCUCCCUGCCCUUCCCCACGGUGCUGCGUGUCUGGGACGCCUUCCUCAGCGAGGGUGCCAAAGUGCUGUUCCGUGUGGGGCUGACGCUGGUGCGCCUGGCGCUGGGCACCGCAGAGCAGCGAGGGGCCUGCCCGGGUCUCCUGGAGACGCUCGGCGCCCUUCGAGCCAUCCCGCCCACCCAGCUGCAGGAGGAGGUCUUCAUGUCCCAGGUGCACAGUGUGGCUCUGUCUGAGCGGGACCUGCAGCGGGAGAUCAGGGUCCAGCUGGCCCAGCUGCCCGAGUCAGCGCCUGGGCCACCCCCUCGGCCACAGGCCCGCCUUGCGGGGGCCCAGGCUGUCUUUGAGGCCCAGCAGCUGGCCCGGGCACGAGGAGGCGCCAAGCCCGAGGUGCCCCGAAUUGUGGUGCAGCCCCCGGAGGAGCCCCGACCACCACGGCGCAAACCCCAGACCCGCGGCAAGACUUUCCACGGGCUCCUGACUCGGGCCCGGGGGCCCCCCAUCGAAGGUCCCCCCAGGUCCCAUCGAGGCUCUGCCUCCUUCCUGGACACCCGCUUCUGAGGGUCCCAUGGAUUCAGCGUCCUGAUCUCCGGAAUGGCUGAUGCCAGCCCUGCAAGUGGGCACUGCACUUUACUGCUGGGGUCUGGGGACUCGGCCCCUUCCCAGCAGGCCGGGCAGUGGGGGAGGAGCCCCCCAUAUUACAGACUGUGUCAGGCACAAAGAUGAAGGAAGAUCCCAGAGUGGGGCUUGUGGGGACCCAAGCCAGCUACCUGCCCGUGAAGCCUUCCUGGUGCCCGGACCCUCACGCGCACCCAAGCAGCACCGAAGGAACGGGAUGGAGAGGCGGCUGGCUGGCCUGAGGGACCCCAAAGAGCUCCUGGAAUAAAGUCUGACUGAGCAGA